AACGACCCGGCUUUGCGGCCUAGAUAGUUGUGGCCGCGCAGCAGCGCGGACGGUGACGAUCUGUGACGUAGCGUGACAGAAUGCGAUAAGUGAACAAUGGGCGUGACGUGACCAUUCACCACCGCAACCACGCGGCGCAAUGCGCCUGCACCUCCCCGCGUUGACAUUUUACCUCCACCGCCGUCGCGUGCUGGUUGCGUAAAAUGUCCACACUCUCCGACGGCGACGACAGUGUCGACGCCCCCACCUUGUUCUAUGCCUCCACCAACAACACCGCCGGACUCCGCCUACGUUUGCAGAACCUCAUCGACUCCAAGGAACAGCAGAUCCAGCAGGCUGGAGAACUCGGACAACAGCUUGUGACCCAGCGCGUCGAGCUCGAGGAGCGCAUGAGGCAGCUUGAUCAAGAGGACUAUUGGGACUCGGGGAGUGACGACGAUGACGAUGCCGAAGGGGGUGUGCGCGGGAGGAACUUGGACUUGGAGGAUACGCUCAGCGCAUGGGAUGUGGAGAAUGAGCGGCUUGCCACUGGGUUUGGAUUAAGGGACCUACCACCGGUAAAUGGCGUGCAUCAGCCUUAUCACGAGCUCUCUCGCGACGUGGAUCAUUCAGACGGUAUGUCGGAGAGAUCCACAGCAGUAUCAGGGAUGUCCGCCAUGCAAGCCUCUCGUCGCGCGAGGAAUGCAACACACCGUUCAGACGAUGUCGAGUUCGCAUACGAAAUCGGCACCGGUUUGCUGUCGGAGGUGCGGCGUCUGCAGAGCCUUGUUUCAGAGCGUGAUGCAACAAUCCGGGUCCUUACCCAAGAGAGGGAUAUGUCGGAAGACCUGGCGCAGACUCUGAGGGAGCAGUGGGAAAAGGCCACAGUUCAGAUUGAGAAGUAUAAGGAUGCGAACUGGGACAUGGAAGUGAAGAGGCAAGAGUUGCAAGCACAGCUGCAGGACUCGCAGAACGCGAGAGAAAAGCUCGAUGGCGAGAAUAGGCGGCUCAUUAAAGCUCUCACCACGUCCCGCGAGGCCGCCGACCACCACAAAGGCGAGGCUGAGCGGCAUCUAAAGGCAUAUCAGGACUUGAAGGCGAAGCAUGAGACUGAUGUGGCGCAGGCUCGAAAGAAUGCGGCCAGUCUCCAGCGCGACAAGUCAGAUCUCCAACAAGCUGUGGAUGCCCUGAAGGUGGAGAUGGCGAAGUCAAGCAGACGAAUCUUCCCUCGAUUUUCGCCGUCAGCUUCCGGCAAUGACGGCGGUUCAGAACACCCCGCUUCAGGCAGCCAGGAAGAGGACGAUGCACUCGGAAAUUUGGGACGCGCAAACUCACAUAUCAGAAGGAUCAGCGAGAGUGCGGCGUCCUACCCUGCUGAGGCGUUUGAGGACUUCCCUGAAGCAUCCCCUGACCUGUCGCCCACGAAGCCGUUCCGUGCUCCCAAUCACCCGAGCAAUGAGAUCGAGGCUCUCCAGCAACGACUCGCCCAUGCACAGAGGCAGGUCAAUACCCUGAAGAGUACGCUCCAACGCGAAAAAGAGCUCCGCAUGGACUUUAAACGCAAGCUCGAUGCGGCGAAUGCCAAGAUUGCGGAGGAGCAGGAGGAGGAAAACGCUGACGAGGAGGCAGAGGAGCCAUCAAAGCCAAAGAGACACUUAACACCGUUCCGUGUUGGCAGGGGCCGUGGACGAGGCAGAGGCAGGGGUGGCAUGACGCUCAUGCAGCGGUUGGGGAUGGCUUCCCACAGCCCUUCUGCAGGCAAUCGCGAAGAAGAACGACCCGAAAUGUCUCCACCACCUCCCGUUCCACGUCUACCACCUGUUUUCCCGCUCUCGGACGAGUCCCAAAGGCUUGACGUUCGGAGCGACGACGAAGACGAAGCAGACCCUAAUGUGCCAGCUUCCCCCACGCGUUCUCAUCAUUCGACUCGGACAAGCCUCGAGGGCAUGGAUCCGGCAUUCGCGAACGUUCUUCACCGUAAUAACUCCACUAGUUCCCUCGUGCACAAUGCGAGUCCGCUGCGGCACCCAGUCGCUAGGACUCGCGGACGUGGUGGCGCCUUCCGCCGGCCAAGAGGCAGCUCAAUCUACCAGCGCCCACCUUCGUUCGUCUCAAAGCCGGAGGCCCUGGCUGCAGAGCUUGGCUUGGACGCCACGUGUGAGGACAGCAGCGACGAAGAGAAGGACAUGGUGAAUACUGCAUGCCAAACUGAUGAUAUCCCCGCAGAAGUCCCUCUGCCGGCGCCUGCACCUCCUCUGAUGUCUGAAACGGGUAUCCAAGUCGUCCCUGAGCCCACUCCAGUGGUCGCUACUUCUGGGAUCUCCAUGCAGACGGAGAUCGAGGCUGUACCGCUGCACACGGAGAUGGGCGUGCAACAUGAGGAUCUGCUCCCUGAGCCUGUAAGGACGGAAGCCGCUGUUCAGCACGAGUCUAUGGAGCCAGUUCGGAUGCUCGUGUCCAGCAGUAUGAACACUGAAACGGAGGUGCCGCCUGAGCUUUUGCCAAUACCAGUCACACCAGUUCUUGUUGAAGCGGAGACACAAACAGUUCUGGUGCAGCUCGCCGAGAUGGAUAUUCAGACUGUUCCCGAGGCGAUUCCAAUGCCGGUGGAGAAGUUGGACAUGGACAUUCAAACUCUUCCCCUUCUCCAGCCCAUCACGUCUGACAUGCAGACACAGACUUUGUCCCUCCCGACACCUGUCAUGGCAGAGAUGCAGAUUCAGACGUUACCACUCCCGGCUUCUGUCACCGCCGAAAUGCAGAUCCAAACGCUCCCGCCUGUCGUGGCAGAAAUGCAGGUGCAAACGCUGUCACCGCCGGCGCCUGUCAUGGUGGAGAUGCAGAUCCAGACGCUACCACCUCCAGUACCUGUCAUGGAAGAGAUCCAGAUCCAGACGCUGCCACUUCCAGCACCAAUCAUGGCUGAUGUGCAGACUCAGACCGUACCAUCCGAGGAGGUCACUGUUGUCGCUAUUCCAUCUCAAACGCUAGCACUUCCGGUUGCGAAUGCUGAGGUGCAAGUAGAAGAAUUUGACACGCCUCGUCUGCACAGCGUAGCUGUCGCAUCAGCAGGCGAAGAAUAUUCCGGAGAUUUCAGCGGUGAUAUCACGAUACAUGGGCGUCCUGUGCCACUCGUUGUGCGCGUUGGGGAGCCGAACAACGACUACGAUCUCCGGACACAGACACCAGCAAUCACUGAGACAGAUACCGAUGACUACCAAGAUGCUCGGCAGAGCAUGUCGUUGGCAACACCGAGCGACUCCGUCAAUGACUUCCAUUCUAUUAGGACAGUCUCUGACAAUGACUUCUCAGAAAGUGAGGACGAUAACGAGAGCAUCGUGGCAUCGCGACUCCCGAGCCGUCAGGGCUUGUCCGCUGUGUCUUCGACGUUCUCUGUCAAUGUUGCUCCUCGAGCCACGUCAACUCCUAUCCCGCUGGCACCCACAUAUGAGUCGAUAGGAGUCGAGACUGAAGCUAUCGAUGAGUUUACACCUCAGCCACUUCCAGAAGAGCCUUCAUUGCCAGAGCCGGGGCCUGUGUUCGAGCCAAAACCGGAGUUCAAGGAGAUGUCUAUCCAGACAGACGAGUGGAUCCCUCCCGCGCCUGUUGUUCCUGUCGUGUCUCCUGUUUCCGCACCCGUUACUGCCCCUCCUACUCCAUCACUCGGUCCACUUCCAAGCCUUUACCGUGUCGGCGCCAAUUCCCAACAUUUCCAGUUUAUACCUCCCCCAUCUCCUGCAGGUCCUUCCACUUCUUUUGUGCCUGCUAUCGUCGCUCCUUCUCCUUCGCCAAGCUCUACUAUCAGAGAUCCCAAUGCCACACUCCUUGCCCGUCCUCGCACCUCUCAUUCAGAUCGAAGACAGUCCAUGGAAUCAUCUCUGUCAUACGUUGUUGACGAGCUCGGUGUACGCACUCGUCCACAGGCGACUGCAGUUGACAAGUCUCGUCCGCCAACAAUUGCGCUGCCACCACCACCACGCGCCCCUCCUCCGUCAAACAGUAUGCCCCCACCAUCUACAAUACCAGACAGGCGGAUUUUGCAAGAUAUACCUCCUCCGCGUCCAUCUUCGCCUCCUCCGGCCGAGCUCAUCCAACGCGCUACUUCCCCUAUCAUCGGAAGUGUUCUGUCGCUCCCUGGAGGAAGGCCUCUAAGCAUCAGACUACAUGGCUCCACGCCAUCGUCACAAGUGCGUGAGCUGCCGUCCACGGGCAGCUUCAGGUCAGCAGCGAACACUCUGGAUCGUGCGCCUAUGAGCUCCGCUGCUUCCGCGAUAGCAUCCAGUGUCCGGGAGAGAGCCCGUCGAGAAUUGUCCUCCGCAUCUAUAAAUUCUGCAAGGCACAGCCUGGGUUCUCAACGUUCCUCAAUAUCAUCUGAUACUCAUGCGCUCCCGCGACAAACUCAGAGACCCGGCGAUUUGGCUAUGGUACCGGGACGCUCGGGAGACAUGUUGUCUCGUGCCGCAACGAACGGCUCGACCGAACCCAUUAUUCAUGCGAUUACGCAAACUAUGAUUGGCGAAUUCUUCUACAAGUACACUCGUCGGACGCUCGGAAGAGGUCCUGGCAGCAGCAGGCAUCGACGUUAUGUCUGGAUCCACCCGUAUACGAGGACGUUGUAUUGGAGUACAGGUGAUCCCAGCUCGGCCACCGUGAACGAAGCCACCUCCAAAAGCACGUUCAUCGAAAGUGUUCGAUCUGUGCUCGAUCCCAACCCCAUGCCACCUGGUCUCUACCAGUACAGUCUUAUAAUCACCACGCCGCAUCGCGAGCUGAAAUUCACUGCAUCCACAAAAGAGAGGCACGAACUCUGGCUGAGUGCAUUAAGCUACCUGAUUGCACGGUCGAACCCAGCGCCGCCCGUCGCGUCGUCAUCAAGUGACCCGCCGCCGGCCCCCUUGAGUCCCAUGUCUAUGGAUCAGGAGCUGCCGGAUGAUGAGAGCCAGCCACAUCUUCUCGUUCAGGCCAGUCCGAAUAGUCAGCGCAGCACGCGAACGAAUAGGACAGAUGCCAGCGUGGAUUCGUACAAUACCCCUCGUGGCCCGCGCAGCCAUUCGCAGAUGUCGUUCAGGGGCUCCAUGGGCAGGCUUUCGGGCACACCAGCUGCGGAGUACCUUCGUUGGGCUGAGCAGGAAGACUUGCAGAGCUCAACAAGAGAGCAUGACCCAACGUCUGGUCAAGAUGACGAGGAACUCGACUUCGAGCUCCACAAUGAUACGCAUUCUGAUGGUGGUUUUGAGGGCUUGGAGAACGUUCGUGCAUGCUGUGACGGCCGACAUACAGUGGGUCGCGCCGGGAUGCCAAGUCACACUCACCAUCAUCACCACCACCACCAGGAGCAAGAGACUCGAGCAGAUUCCUCCCGUGCUCGCGACCAGCACCUCCACCCUGCGAUCCUCGACUCAGCUCGGCCAGCGAGCCCUUCCUGGUCGUUCCGUUCCCGUACGAGCAGCUCGGUCGCCCAGGAUGGAUCUGGCUUCCUGUCGCGGUUCGGCACCAAGAGAUCCACGAGACACCUGGCGGGUAUAUCUUCUAGCAGCGCGCAUGACUAGUAGUAGAGUUUAUUAAUCCCCCAUUGUAAUCGCAUCGGAAUGCCGGAACGUCUUGCUUUCUUCACCUAGCUGAAACCCCUACAUUCUUUUAGUAUCGCAUUUUGUCCAUGGUCCAUUAAUCGUUUGUCUAGCUACUAGUGAAUUGCAUGUAUCCAAUUAUCUUAUAUUUGUGCGAAUACGCGACAUGAAUAUGGUCGUUCUCUUCUAUCUAAUGGAUAUAUAUACGUUCAACGGGA